CAUGAUAAAAACAUAAAUUUGUAUCAAUGAUAAAGUUGUAUCUAUGAUAAAUUCAUUUAUGUGUUGAAAGAAAAACAGUCAACAAAUAACAAUUAUUAAAUACAUCUGUUAAAAAGGCUGCUUAACAAAAAUGAGAGAAACUAAAAUGAGCAGCCACCUUGCGGGUGGACGACUGAAUGUUGCUUUACUUCAAGAAACAAUGAGAACAGAAUUAUUAAAUUUAUUACAACAGUACAGUGGCCCUAAAGUAACAAUUUGGGAUGACUGGCUAGCUGGGCCUGUAGGCCUUGUUGCUCAGUACUCAUUCCUUAAAGACCAUGAAGUCAACAAUAUGUUUCUUCUGAAACCAGGAAGCCUACCCAAUAUAACCGUCAAACAUAUUAUAUUUAUUAGUAGACCCAAACUUUCAUUGAUGGAUUUGGUUGCUGAUUACAUUUUAUCAAUAAGGGCCAAGCAAACAGCUCCAGUAGAAUUUCACUUGUUCUUUGUGCCACGCAAAAGUGAACUGUGCAAAGUACAUCUCACCAAUAGAGGAGUGGUCAGUAACAUGACAAUUGAAGAGUUUAAGUGUGACAUCAUUCCAUUCGAAAGUGAUGUCAUGUCUUUAGAACUACAAAAUGACUUCCGAGAAAAUUACAUAGAAGGUGACACAAGUUGCAUAUACAAUGCUGCACAGGCACUAAGAACCAUCCAACAGUUUUAUGGAAUUGUGCCUCGUGUAUUCGGGAAAGGCCAAGCAGCUAAACAGGUUUGGGAUCUAUUGUGCAGAUUGAAUAAAGAGGAGCAAGGUUCCGGGAAUAAGGGUGCACCGACAUCAUGCAUCGAUCAGUUACUCUUAUUGGACCGAGCCGUUGACUUUACAAGUGUAAUGGCGACCCAACUCACCUAUGAGGGGCUUAUUGACGAAAUCUACCGCAUAAAGAGCGGUACGGCCACGUUUCCGGGACAAAAGUUCGUGGGUCCGGACGAUCCUAACCCAGAAGAGACAGCCCGUGAGAAGAAACACGUCAUACUCAACUCCAGCGAAGAACUGUUUGCAGAAAUACGCGACUCUGACUUUACCGAGAUAGGAGCAGCAUUAUCGAAAAAGGCUCGCAUAAUUAAAACACAACUAGAUGAGCGCCACAAAGACAAAUCCGUGCAAGAGAUCAAGCAUUUUGUUUCCCGCCUACCGCAGCUGCUGGCCAACAAGCAGUCCCUGGUCACUCACACCGCCAUCGCUGAGUACAUCAAAGAGAAAACUGACAGCUUCGAUUUUCACGACAAAAUACAAUGCGAAGAAGACUUUCUGAAUUGUAUCGACAGCGAAAAGAUUUGUCCGUAUAUUGAAGACCUGAUUGCACAGAAGGAACCUCUUACUAAGGUGCUGCGCUUGAUUUGCCUACAAUGCGCAACCGGGUCUGGCUUAAAGCCGAAAAUUCUGGAAUAUUACAAGAGGGAACUCGUGCAAACGUACGGUCUGAAGACCUGGCUAAGUAUCUGCAACUUGGAGAAGUGCGGUCUGCUCAAAACACAACAAGGAACCCGUCAGUAUACUGUACUGAGAAAGGCCUUACAUCUGACGACGGACGAUUCCGAUGCAAAUGACAAAGACAAAAGUUAUUUGUCGAGUAAAUAUACACCGUUAACAGUGAGACUGAGCGAACAUAUCGCCAAGAAUAAAGGAUGGAGCGGUAUCCAAGACGUAUUAGGCCUCCUGCCGGGCCCUACAGUGGACGAGCUACAAACCCUACAACCUCGUAUGACACGUCGCCAUUCCGGUUCUAGUGAGAAUUCAUCAUCAAUAGAAAACCCACGGGUCGUGCUCGUAUUCUUCAUUGGAGGCUGUACGUACCACGAGAUCUCAGUGCUCAGGACGAUCAGCCAGCAGGAAGAUUCGGUUGUGGAAUUUGUUAUCUUAACCACUAAAAUAAUCAAUGGAACCACAUUCAUAGAAUCUCUAAUGGAACUUGAUUGAGCUAGAAAUUGGUAUAUCCUUAACGUAGGAUAUAAUAAUAUAUUAAUGUACAUUCUGUCAUAUUAAAAAGAAAUAGACUGAAUCAUAUUUUUAUCCUCUGAAUGAAAUUAUGAAAUAAUGUCAUGAAUUUAUUUUUAUGACAUAAUAGUGUUCCAAAUAAAAACAAGCCCAAAUAGUAUAUAUGUCAAAUUAUAUCCCUUUUAUAUGUAAUUACGUCAAAAAAUAUAUGAAAUAAAUUAAUUGCAAAUGUAAAAUAAAUUUUCAAUACACAAAGCAUGAAACAAUAUUAACUGAUAAAUGUACGCAAUGUAUCAUAUAAUUUUCUGUAUUCUAUGUUAUUUCUUGCUUAAAAAGUUCCUGUAUUUACAAAUUUAGAAUACACCAAAAAUAUCAUUUUGGUAAAUAUUAUUAUUAUUAUUUAAAAUAUAGAUUCUUUUUUUAAUAUA